CGCACAAUAGAACUUCGGCCUGCGUUCUCUCUCUUCUCUCUGCAAAAUAAAAUUAUCAAAGUCCAAUGUACGAGCUUCGGACGUGUCACCCUUCUAAGACCAGUUAAAAACCCCCAAUGAUCACCGUUACACUAACCGGACAAAGAGAAACUCUCAGGCUCCGGAGGAACAGACGUUGCUCUUCGCCAUCGCCUCCGAUCCAAUGCCCGAUGGAAGGCCGUGGUGGUCGAGGUCAACUUGCUCCUGCUGCAUUUCUCCUCAAUCUCGUUGGUGAGAUUGUCGGAAUGUCCCCCGGAAAUGGCUGCGGGACCACUUUCAACGACCAGGAUUUGGUGUUCAGAAAGGACUGCACGGAUCUGCUGCGGAGACUAUCUCUGUUGACGCAUUUCCUCGAGGAGAUAAAGGACUACAAGGUCGAAUCUGGACCCUUGGAUGCUUCUAAUUCUUCUUCUUCGUCUUCUGGGAAUUGGUAUUCGGAUCUUGUGGGGUCUCUCCAGGCUGCUAAGCGUCUCCUGUCGGUUGCUGCAGCUUUCAAAACAACUAAUAAUUCUGAUGGAGCCACCAAGAAAAUUGCCUUCCGAUUCCAAUGCGUGACAUGGAAACUAGAAAAGGCUUUGGCUAACAUACCAUAUGAGCAGUUUGACAUCUCAGAAGAAGUAUAUGAACAGGUUGCAUUGGUCAGAUCGCAGUUGCAAAGAGCCACAGCAAGAUAUGGGUUGAUUGAUUCACGAGUGAUUUCUGUUGACUUAUCUGAGUCAAUGGACAAAGAAGUUGAUCAGGUACAGAAGGAGAACAGGUUAACUAGAAGUGGAGUUAUUGAGAAAGAUGCUAGUAUGAGCCAUGAAGUUACAGAAAGGAUGGAUGCUGUUUCAGGAAGUAAUGGGUCAAAAAGCCAUGCUGCAGAUCACAUUAUGAGUGAAUCAAAUGAAGUUGAUGAAAGAAAGAAAAAUAAUUUGGCCAGCAAGAACAUGGAAGACUUUAAAAAACCUGAUGUACCCACACUUCCUGAUGAUUUUCUGUGCCCUAUAUCCUUGGAACUAAUGAGGGAUCCUGUUAUCGUGGCCACGGGACAGACCUAUGAGAGGUCUUAUAUUCAAAGAUGGAUUGACACUGGGAAUACAACAUGUCCAAAAACCCAGCAGAAGCUGGAACAUUUGACACUGACUCCAAAUUAUGUCUUGAGAAGUCUAAUAACUCAGUGGUGCACGAAGCACAAUAUUGAGCAGCCAACAGGGUUAGCAAAUGGGAGGAUAAAAAAGAGUGAUGGAUCUUUUCGUGAUGUAAGUGGUGAUAUAGCAGCCAUCCAGGCACUUAUCCGCAAACUCUCAAGCCGAUCUGUUGAGGAACGCAAAGCUGCUGUAUCUGAGAUCCGCUCACUAUCCAAAAGAAGCACAGAUAACAGGAUACUAAUUGCAGAAGCUGGAGCCAUUCCUGUUUUGGUGAACCUUUUAACUGCUGAUGAUGUGUCAAUACAAGAAAAUGCAGUUACCGCCAUUCUUAACCUCUCCAUAUAUGAAAAUAACAAGGGACUGAUUAUGCUUGCUGGUGCUAUUCCUUCUAUUGUCCAGAUUCUAAGGGCUGGGAGUGUUGAAGCAAGAGAGAAUGCAGCAGCAACACUUUUUAGCUUGUCACUUGGGGAUGAGAACAAGAUAAUAAUUGGUGCAUCAGGGGCAAUACCUGCUUUAGUAGAAUUGCUUGAAAAUGGAAGCCCUAGAGGGAAGAAAGACGCUGCGACAGCCUUGUUUAAUCUGUGCAUUUAUCAAGGGAACAAGGGCAGGGCUGUGAGGUCUGGAAUUAUUCCAGCAUUAUUAAAGAUGCUCACAGAUUCAAGAAAUUUCAUGGCUGAUGAGGCUCUGACCAUUCUUUCUGUUUUAGCGAGCAACCAAGAUGCUAAGGAUGCUAUAGUAAAGGCCAGCACCAUACCUGUUCUGAUUGAUCUGUUGAGAACAGGUCAGCCCCGCAACAAAGAGAAUGCAGCUGCCAUCUUGCUUUCAUUGUGCAAGAGAGAUCCUGAGAAUCUUGCCUGCAUAAGUAGGCUUGGUGCUAUCAUACCUAUGAUGGAGCUUGCUAAAAGCGGCACGGAAAGGGCCAAACGGAAGGCUACCUCAUUGUUGGAGCAUCUUCAGAAGCUACAGCAACCGUAGCAGGCGAAAAAGAUCUAUCUUUUGUUUUCUAAUUUUUUGUUUCUUUCAAUCUAAUUAUUUGACAAAGAUUGCCACACCAUUCUGUUAAUGCGAAAAAUCUGUGAACACAAAGCGAGGGAGACAAAGUCUUUCUGAUUGCUCUCUUUGUACUUAUUUCCUUCUUUAUGAGUGUGUAAAAAGAGUACAAUUGAUAUUUUGUUGUCACAAUAAUUUUCAUUCAAGAUUGAUUUCCUGUCU